CUUCGUUUAGCUUUCUAUAAGUUUGUUAGUGAUAUGGCAUUGAAUUGUCCGACAUAUUUAUUUGGCCAACAAUUUGCCCGAAAUAUAGCAACUCAUACCCAAAAUGUCCACUUUUAUGAACUGACUUAUGGACACAGAUCUACAAUCGAGUCGUUUGGUUACGAUCCGGACUCUUUGGCCAUCAAUCACGGCAUCGAUACAACCUAUGUGUUUGGUAUACCACUGGAUGUACCAUGGUCAUUUUCAGAUAGCGAUUAUGAGUUCAGUCGCUAUGCUAUGAGAUUGUGGACUGAUUUUGCAAAAUACGGUAAAGCGGACAACAAUUGGCCGAAGCUUUUGACAAACAAUACAUUUAUUAUCAAAGACUUGAAUCCAUUGAAUACGAGCCGAGUAUUGGAUAAUCCCUUUCACAGCACUUGUGAUGGCUUUUGGAGGGAUUAUUAUUUGUAA